AUGGCCGGGAUUGGUAGCAACAGGUAAGCUUUAUUUGUUGCACUUCUGGCCAUUGUGUCACUAUUAACGGAGGCAAAUGUGACAUUAAGUUGUUGUCAUUAUUAUUAUUUUCCAAUCUAGUGCCAUUGGUGUGCUCAGCAGUUGACAAAGUUCAAGAAUAGCAUUUCCUCCAGUAUAUCCCUUUAGGCUUAAAUUACAUUGGCAUCUGGGUUCUAAGGGCCAAGCUUUACACAGCAGAUUGCAAAGCUGUACGACGGGCCAAAUUUGGACCAAGCGCACCACAAAGGGCAAAAACAUACGAGCUCUGCCGGAUCAGGCGAAAGGCCUAUCUAGUCCAGCAUUUUCACAAUUUAUCUAGGAAAUGGUGUCUAUCACUACAUUUUGCAGUAGCAAAUUCCACAAUUUAACUUGGUGCUGGGUGGAGAAGUCCUUAUUUUUCCCAGUCAUGAAUUUUCCAACAUUUGGCUGAACUGGAUGUCCAUAAGUUCUAGGACUCAGCUAUACAGCUGCAAAUAUAACGUUUUAAGUGAAUUAUACAAAUGUGACACUAGAUGGCGAUGGUGAGCUAGUGGCAAAUUCAAUAUAUAUAUAUGUUGAAAAUGUUUUUUAAAAAAGCAUUUUCACAUCAUUUUUAUAUGUGUGUAGAUUCCACCCUAGUGUCAUGAGGGAGAAAAACAUCUCUCUGUCGCUUUCUCCACACAAUGCAUGGUUUUAGACACCGUGAUCAUGUCUCCCCUAAAAAGUCUCAAUGUUGUAACCUUUCCUCACAGGGGAGUUGGGGGUGGGCUGGAGGAAACUGCAUUCAAACAUAACUACAUAUGAGUGCUAGUUGGCGCCCAAAGGGGUUAAGAUCACAGAGUUCUCAGACCCAGAAUCCGUGAGGGAGAAUGUGAAGCUGCUUCUUUUCUUUUCGCUCAUUCUCUUUGCACCAUGUAAAUGACCAGGAUGGACAUUUCUCCUGAACUUUCUCCAAGCUCAGGACAUGCAUGUUUGAAACUACAGUGGUACCUCGGUUUACAAACUUAAUCCGUUCCAGAAGUCCGUUCUUAAACAGAAACCGUUCUUAAACCGAGGUGCGCUUUCCCUAAUGAGGCCUCCAGCCGCCAGUAACCUUCCACUGUUCGGCUUCCGUUCUUAGACCGAGGUAAAGUUCGCAAACCGGGACACUACUUCCGGUUUUGCAGAGUUCGUAAACAGGACUGUUCUUAAACCGAGGUUCCACUGUACAUUCUGUAUUUUGUUCGUUGUGUUCUCCUUGCUGCUACAUGGAACAACUCAUGAAUCAGACCUUUAGAUUUAGUAAGUAAAGUAUUUUAAACUUACUUAAUAGUGUGUGGUCUGUUCAUUGCAAGAAGGGUAGAGAGAGGGGCAAAGAGCUUUAAAGCAGACAAUAUGGGCCUAACAGUCCAUAUUCCCCCACUUUACUGUUUUUAACUUUGUUGGGGGCUCUCUCCUGCUGGAGAGUGUGCAAAGCCCUGUGUUUUGAAGCUAGGCAUCCAGCUGAUUCUUUUGUUAAUUACACACCCAAGGGUCAAAUCUAUUUUCUUCCCACAGUGGGGUGGGGAGCUCUAUCAAUUUGUUUAGGCAAUUGGGCAGCAGGCAAUUCUUUCAGCCUCAGCCUGCACAGUCUGCUAUGUAAGGGUUAUAAUACUGUCCUACCUUAUAAGGUUCUUGUAAGGUUUAGCGAGACAAUAUGGGUGUUCUGUUUGUUUCAGAGCUUUGUAGCACUCCAAGGUUUUGCUGUUUCCCCUCAUAAUUUGAUUUGUUAUGAGUAAGAAAACGGGAGAUGGAGAAAGAAGCCUGAAGUUUACUCAGAUACCUAAACUGUUGUCGCCAAAAGGACAAAGAGCCUUGGAGCACCUUAAAGAUGCCACAAGACUCCUUGUUGUUUUCCAGAGGAUCGGAUCAUUGAAGAACUUUCCCUGCAAAGAAAGCUAAGCUAAAACAUUUGGGGGGUUUACAGGGUGGUGGUGGUAAAGCAAGAUAUGACUUGGUAGACGUUUGUAACACUAUACGUACAGAAGAAAAUGGAUAGUCCAUCUAUUUCUUCCUGUCCCACAAUGAUUAGAAAGGGGGGUAUCCUCUCACAAAACUGACUGGAAGCUAGUUGAGAAGAAGUCAAGGAAAGCACUUCUUCAAGCAAAUACAUGGAAUUCAACACUACAAUAUGUUGUGAGGGCCGGCCACUAGCUCCAAUGGCUUCCUACCCAUGGAGGAAGGGAGCUAGAGGAAGAGCUAUAUUACAGUGGUACCUCGGGUUAAGUACUUAAUUCGUUCCCGAGGUCCGUUCUUAACCUGAAACUGUUCUUAACCUGAAGCACCGCUUUAGCUAAUGGGGCCUCCUGCUGCUGCCGCACCGCCGGAGAACGAUUUCUGUUCUCAUCCUGAAGCAAAGUUCUUAACCCGAGGUACUAUUUCUGGGUUAGUGGAGUCUGUAACCUGAAGCAUAUGUAAUCCGAAGUACCACUGUACUAAUGACAGCUAAACUCAGCCUCCACAGCCAGAGGCAGUCUACCUUCAAAUGUCAGUCUAUCUCAGGGAUACUGGCGGGGAGGCAUCAGGAGAAGACUUGUGGGGUUUUGUUACAGGCAUCUCUGGUUGGCACUUAUUUGGAAGCAGGAAGAGUUGGACUUUUCGCUUUCCUUAGGCUCUUUGAUCCCUUUCUGCAGGCUCUAAAUCGCCUUUGUCACUCCCUUAUAUUUCCUGCAACUCCACCCCUUCCCCUCCAGGGGGCGACCUUUCUCGGACUCGCUAGCCGCCCGCCUCUAUGCUCCCGGUCUGUCUCCUGCGCCAAGUGGUCUAUAACCUGCCGAGGGGCGGAGAAGAGAAGAGAACGCCGCGCUGGCCAUUGGAUUCGCUGGGUAGCGAAGGCACCGCAGAUCUAAGAAAAAGAGAGACCUAUACGCCAUCGUCGCGCUCCCGAGCGAGAACUUCCGGCCUGAAAGCGGACUGUUCCUUUCCUUGCCGGACGCAACUUCCGAUGCGGAACGUAGAGAUAAGAAAACAGCCGCCGGGGCGACGUAUCUAUGGCGGCGUUCCCUUUCCCGCCGGAAGUUAUGGCUAUCUCUGACAACAGAGCGGAGGAGGGAAAGGUCCUUCGGACAAUGAAACCAUAGAGUGGGAGCGGGGAGGAGAGGCCGCUCUGCCUCGCUGGGAGCCGGAGAGCUCUAUGCUGCGUGGCGGGGGCUCCAGCGGGAGAGCUCGGGAGGCCUGGAGCAGCUGAGCGGCCAGGUGGGGAGAGAGGCCCGUUGGGUAGGUAGGGGCGGGGGCCAAGGCGCGGGGGGGGGGAAGAGGUGCUGCCGGCCCCCAAAUAUGGGGGGGCUGCUGUCCCACCACACCUGGGGUGGGGGAGGGGAUGGUGCCCCCCACACCUGGGGAGCUGUUCAACACCCCCCCCCCGCAUAGACGUUGCUGGUGGGGGCUUUUCUUCCCCAAUAAACAUAGUUAGGAUGGAGCUGGCGUCCUCCAUACCUGGGGUGGUGUCCCCCCCAAAACACAACGGGGGUGGGAAGGGUUGGUGGCCCCUCAGCUGUGGGGCCACCCCAGUUAUGGUGGUAUUUCCCCUCCCACACACCUAGGGUGGCCCCACAACUGGGGUGCUGCUCCCUCACAUAAACACAGCUGGGUUGGGGGGGAAAGGGCUGGCGUUUCCCCACACCAGCAGCACAAUGGGUGGGGGGGAAGGGCUGGUGGGUCCCUCCACAGCUGGGUUGGCACAUCUGGAAGAGGCUGGUGCUCCCUACCCAUCCUCCGCCAUAAAUGCAUCUGUGGUGGGUUGAUGUGCUCAUUACAUGCAUGCACACACAGAGAUGGUCACCAGCAGGAGGGAUGGGAGAAGGCCUGGUGUCUCCCCCCCCCAGAAAAACACCUGGGGUGGUCUUUGUUUGGGGGGAGAACUUAUUUUUCUUCUAACAGUUUAAUGGUAUUACCAGGUCACUGUUGUCCGUCCCCCCCACACACAGCUGCUUAGGUUGAAGGGGAGGGACUGGCAAAGAGCUAGGUGGUCACCAAGAUGGAUAGAGGUGGGGAUUGGGGCUGGUAUUUUGAGGUGGGGCUGAAAGAGGGAAAGUAAGGAUGGAGGAUCAAGUCACAAGGGCAGGUGCCUGGUAUGCAUAUUCAAUGGGGUUGCCUGGCUCAGGAAGGGUGAGCAUGUGGGGAGGUCAGAAGAAUAUUAAUGGGGGGAGAGAGAGAGAGAGAAGAGGGAGCCUAUGGCAUGGCUAGUAGUGGGAAGGGGGUUUAGUGCAUAGCUGUCAACGUUUCCUUUUUUUAAAGGGAAAUUCCCUUAUUCCGAAUAGGAUUCCUCGCAAGAAAAGGGGAAAGUUGACAGCUAUGGUUUAGUGUGUUAGGGUUGUAUCCAGCUAAGUCCUACUCAGAGCAGACCCACUGAAAUGAACAGCCAGGUCCAUUCAUUUCCAUGGGUCUACUCUGAACACUGGAGACAACCCAUGAACUCUUAAGGAAGGAGAUGUGAAAAUGGAGCCCCUUGUGCUGAGUGGAUGGGGGUGAUACCUGGGAUUGGGGAGGCCUGAGUUUCAGGAAGGAAUCAAAAUGGUACAGCAGGGAGAUCUGGGUGGUGGUGGAGGGACAUGGACCGUUGCCUCUUUUUGGGAGAUAAUGGGGAAGAUUGUACUGUAAUUCAGAAGAAGGUACUAUGGAUUAAUCCAAGGAGGAGAGUAUGGGGUGCAUCUGCGAAAGAUGGGGGCAUUUUGCUUCUUUUAAGAUGCAGAUGAGACACACAAAGACCCUGAAAAGAGUAUUACCCUGUGGGGAUGGUGUGGGGCAGGAUGUAGAUGUAGAGGGAGAACAGAGGAGAAAUCUUCUGUGGGUAGAGGCAAGGUAGAGAAGGGAGGGAGGUCUAGAAGGAGAAGUCAGGCUGGCUGGCUGGCUAGCUGAGAUCCAGGAAAGAAUUAAAAUGGUGCCUGGUGAGGGGGAAGGAGGUGCAAAGUUGUUUUAUUGUAUUUUUAAUAAUUUGUUGUAAGCCGCCCAGAGUGGGGUACAAAUAAUGAAUUGAUGAUGAUGAUGAUGAUGAUGAUGAUACACUUUGGGGUAGAAGGUUUAGAACAGGGAGAUGCAACAAUGCAAAUUGCUUGGUGGGAGAAAUGAGAUUCUGGAGAAAUAAAGACUUGAAGGAAAGUGAUAUUAUUUCAUAAUUAUUAUCACUUUAUUCGUAGGCCACCUUUUCCCCCCAUCCCUCCCAAAAUGAUGCUCAAAGUGGCUUAUUACAAUGAGAUCAGAAUAGACAAUUUCAUAAUAAAAGUAAUAGUUGUGGGUUUGCUUUAGAGGAUGGAGGAGAUUUGAGGUCCUGGUGGGAGUAAUUGUGAACAUGGCAAAAAUGUGAACAGGGCCUUGUGGCUUUGGGGAGGGAAGUUAGAAUUCCACGGGAUGUUGUGACUGUUUCUUUUUUGGACAUGCAUGGAGUACACCUUUAUAAUUUAAAGAGAUGGGGAUUUGGUGUCGGCAAAGACCCAGCAGUCAAAGUAAGAAAGACAAAACUGUACAUAUUCAAACCAGGGAAAAAGGAGAUUGGCCCUGAAUGUGCAGGAGCAGAGGAGGGAAUGACAAAAGUAUUAAACAAACAUCCUCCAGGUUAUGUUGUUAUGCUGAAUGCACUUUGAGCACAGUAAGGCUGCCCACAGGAUCCUGGGAACUGUAGCAUACUGCUCCCAAAACUACAAUUCCCACCAUGCUACAAUUCCCAUGAUUCUUUGCGGGAAGCCAUGUGCUUUAAAUGCAUGGAGUGUGUGUUCACAGCCUCCCUCUUCUUCGGAGAUGAUGGCACUUUCUACAUGUGAAGUUUUUCUUAAAGAAAACACAAGUAUGUUUCCCCUUGGGUUCUCCUCUUUUCUAGGGAACAAAGACUCUUGUGGCUAAUGGAUUUACUAUUCCCCACUUUUGUUUCCAGAAGAGCGAGCAGCUUUGCUAUCACCAGGCAGCACUGAGUGGAUUCUAGAUCCCAAGCCCUUCCUCUGGUUACGAUCCGGAUUGACGCCCUGCCACAGGUAGGAAGGGUUUGGAAUUAAUGUCACAUCCCAGUGCAUUAUGUAGUUCCUUUCGCCCCCAGUGUGGCAGUCUCAAAGUAUUUGCUUUAAAAGUAACAAAGUUUCUAGUCCUCAAGGUGGUGGGAGGUAAAUUUGAACACAGGGUGCCUGUUUGUUUGUUUUUUAAAAAAAUCCUUAACAAGAAAACAAAAGAUUGGGGGUAGCAACAACUCAGGGAGCAGGUUUCUUAGGAUGUUUUGCACAUGUACUCAGCAAAGAGGAAGGGGGGUAUCCUAUAUUCCAGCAGGUUGGCAAACUUUAUCCUUGCAUUCAUCCAAAUAACACUUUAAAAUGUACAGUGAACAGCAGAGUGUGCAGUUUGGCUCUGUAUGUCUCCCCUGUAUGGCCCUCGGAUCCCCGCCCGCAUCCUGGUUCCCGUGGCCUGAAGACAAAGAAGACUUUUGUGAGUCGAAAUAAACAAAUAUAAUUGAGGGGAGGAGUGACUAUAGCAAUGGCCUUCAGGUCCCCAAAUAGCUAUGUUUCCCACAGCUUGCUCAGAAACUGUAUCCCAGAAUUGCUUCAUGUCGUGGUCUGAGUCUGCUUAUUUUCUCUUCCCCUUUUUCCUUUUUGGCUUCAUCAGCAGGAAGUUAGUAAAGCUCUGUUUCUAUGAUGAGUUUUAUUUGUUCUUAUUUUCGAAUGGUUUUUAACAAUUUGUUUACGCUGCUUAGAAAUUCUGAUUCUGUUUGCUUGCUUGCUUGCUUGUUUAUACCCCGCCUUUUCCCCCUGAUAGGAAGCAAAGCCACUUACAGGUAAAAAAUAAGAGCCGGUAAAAACAGAAAAAGCAAUCACUGAAAAACAAUUAAACAUUGAUAAAAAUAAAACUGUAUACAUACAUAGGAUGUACUGAAACCAUACCAAUAAUUACAAUAAAAACAGCACCAGCCCUUUCCUUAGAAGCAGUCAGUUCCCAAAUGCCGGUUGGAACAAGAAAGUCUUCACCUGCAGGAGGAAGGACAACAAGGAGAGAGCCAGUCUAAUUUUUCUAGGGAGAGAGUCCCAAUGCCUUGGAGCAGCCACCGAGAAUAUUUAAAUAUUAAGUGUUAUUUAAAUGUCUUAAAUAAAUAAAUAAAUAACGACAGAGCCUUCCUAUACAGUGGCACCUUGGUUCUUGAACUUAAUCCAUUCUGGAAGCCCGUUUGACACCCGAAACUGUUUGAAAACCAAGGCGCAGCUUCCGAUUGGCUGCAGGAGCUUCCUGCCCUCAAGCGGAAGCUGUGUCAGAUGUUCAGCUUCUGAAAAACUUCACAAAUGGGAACACUUACUUCCGGGUAUGUGACAUUCGGGAGCCAGACGAUUUGUUCAGGAGCCAAGCCGUUCAAGAACCAAGGUACCGCUGUAUUCUUAAAGUGUGUGUGUGUGUGUGUGUGUGUGUGUGUGUGUGUGGUUUUUCCUGGCCAGGAGAAAAAGAGAUGUGGGAACUGAGGUUGUCAACUUGGAAGUGUUUCUUUCCCUUCUCCAUCUACCCCCUCCGCAACCUGAACGGUGCUUCUUCUUUUUCUACAGGUGGGCUUUUGUUGUGCCAGCCCCACUGAAACACUCAUGGCACUGAAGGCAGAAGCUCCCCUCUUGGACUACCUCAAGGUCUCUUUGAAGUGCAAAACGGAGAAGGAGAAGGAGAAAGUGGCCGCAGGGCAUCUGCUCCCCAGCUGCCCCCCAGUCAGGCUGGAUGGGCCCCACGCAGAUCCCGUGGACAGAGGUGGGGAACGUGCCCCUCUGGGGCGCAGGACAGGGAAAGUCCCUCCCCUCGCAUCAUCCUAGAACUCAGGCCCAACGAAGGCCAAUGCUUGAGGACAAAUGAAAGGAAAUACUUCUUCCCGCAGCACAUAGCUAAACUGGGGGAUUCCCUCCAGCAAGAUGCGGUGGUGUCCACCAACUUAAAAGAGGAUUAGGCAAAUUCACCGAGAACAAGGCGAUCAAUGGCUACCAGCCACAAUGGCCAUGUUCUCCCUCCCCUGUCUGUUGCUGGCCACUACAUGAAUUAGGUGCUGGAGGGGCUGCAGGCCUGAACCUGCAGGGCUUUUAUUGGGUUCUUAAGGUGGAAAAGGACCCCCAGCCUUGAGUUAGCCUGUGAAACAAUAGUAAGAGCUGUUUGUUGCCAUUGGAAAAAGCUUGAGCCAAUGAGGCUGACCUAGAAGAGAAGAGUGGAAGUCCUGUGGCUGCUCUCUACGUAAAAACCACCACCAUUCCUGCUGGUAGGCCACACUGGCUGUGGCUGAUGGGAGGUUCAUUCCCAGCGCCAUCCAUAGGGCAGCCAAGGACUCUCUCUCCCUGCCCUGACUCCAACUCCCAUCAGUCUCAGCCAGCAUGAUCAUGGGGGGUGAUGGGACUUGUAGUCCGGCAGCGUCUGGAGAGCAUCUCUGUUAGAGAAAGGAAGGGGGCAGAGCGCGCGCAAGGAAUCAGGGAUAUGGGAACUGUCUCCAAGGCUGGCGUCAGACCCCUCCUCCAUCCCAACGUGCCCCCUUUCUCACCCCCAGGAGAGCGACUGGUUGUAAUCCCGGUGGCCGAGGUUGGCCCAGAAGAGGCAGGCAGCUCCUGGAGUCAGGAGUACCUGAUUGCCGAGAGCUCGGGGGGCAGCCAGCCAGUGUGCAUGGUGUGCGGAGGCACCCUGAGUGCCUCGGGGCCUGUGGCCGCCCGCAAACACAUUCUGGAGCAUCACGCCCACUCGCUGGACUUCAGCUUCGAAGAGAAGCGCAACAUCCUGGAAGCCUGGAGCGAAGGGGUGGUGCUUCCUGAGCCAGAGCCACAACCUUCCCCUGCAGGUAACACACACCAACACAGAUCAGUGUUGUAUUAAAUGGUACCAUCUCCAGUUGGGUCUGGAAAAGGUUUUGGGUUUUGAGCAAAGUCGCCCUCCGUGUCUGCCUCUUCCAUUUCCUCUGUGCCUCCUGGAGAAGGGGCUGGGGGUGUCAGUGCAGUUUGCCAUCCUUUGGGGUUCCUUUUCCGGUCAGCAGAGUCACCCAGAAAGUCUUCCAGAAUCCAUUUCUUCACAAUUCAGCUCUUCUCUUGGCGAACGCAUACAUGGAAAUAAACACACCUCCCAUUUUGGUUCUUCUGAAUGCAUUUAUUGUUGAAUUAACACUACAUCUUAUAUAACCACUAGUCUAGUAAAGUAAAGUAAAACUAUGUUCAGAUAAUUAUUCUGUCUCACUCUGCUCUUCAGCCGUCUGGCCAGAGCAACAGCCUCCAACAUUCUCUCUCUCUCUCUCCCUGAUCCAUACCUUGCCUUAUAAAGAAACCUGUUGAUAAGGGGAAAACUUGUUGCCAAGGGCAGACUUGUUGCUAGGGCAAAAUCUUUCAAGAAUCAUUUCAAGUCAUUGUUUAAGACUACACUAACAGGAUGUUGGCAAACGUUUCAGCGGAAGUGUUUUUCUCUGCUCUUUAGCCGAAAAAGCCUGGGCAGUUUGCAGACAACCAGUGAUAAGGCGGAGCCUGCCCACAGGUUUACAGACUUUAAAAAAGACACAGCACAAAAGGAAAAAGGAUUGGGAGGGGAAAAGCAAACUCGUGGACUUGUUCUCGCUUACAUAGUGUUUCAUAAAUGUUCUCCCUGGCACGGAGAGGGGAAGCCAGCUCUCUGCAGCUGCUCCUUCUCUGGCCAGUGGACUGGGUCAGGCUGGUCUCCUCCUUGCUGUGAUGUUCUUCCUAGAAGGCAGGGGGCGCUGCCUUCCUUAGACCCCCGGGUGGUGGCAGAGGUCCAGGCAUGCUGCCUUCCAUCUUUGCAGUCCCAGGGCAAAAGUUGAGUGGAGGGAUCAAGAGGAGGCCUGAUGGUGUUGAGGAUUGACAGUGAAAUAGCACUUGAAUUGUGGGUUUUAGAGGCGUGUAAUGACUACAGGCAUUGGAAGAUAUUGGCCUUUAGGUUGGACAACGCAACCAGGAAGUUGUGUAUUUAUGCAUGAAGAAUGUAUAGAAAUGCAAUCACUCUGCCUAUGUUUGUGCCUGUUAGUCCCUGGGAGAAGCAAACAGCUGGCGAAAGCACUAAGGCCAACCUGGCACCCUCUGGGUGUUUGGAACUACAACUCUCAUCAGCCCCAGCCAUCCUGGCCAUGUUGGCUGAUGGGAGUUGUAGCUGAGAACACCCAGAGGGCUCUGGGUAUGCAAAGGCUGCCCUAGACGAUUGCCUAUUGACUUAGCCUCUCUCUCUCUCUCAGCUCCACCCUGGAUACCAAGAUUCCUCCAGGCAUUGCCUUGGAGUACCAAUUCACAUCCAUAAGGGCUAGAAACUUGUCUCUUUCCUUUCUCCCUCCCCCUAAACGGAAGAUGAGAUCCUUGGGAGGCCAAGUCCUCUGCUCGCUGCUGCCCAUUUCCACUCUUUGCCGUGGAACAAACACACAGUGCUGUGUGCCGCUUUUGAUUCCCCUUUCUGAAACUAUCCCCUGCCAGGCAACCCCGGCAAGAGCAAGCAGCCGGCUGAGAUAGAGGUGCUCCUCGAUUCGGAGGAGCGGCAGCCGGCGAGUCGGAAGCGUGGGCACCCGAGAGCGCGCUGCGGUGAGUGCUGGGGCCGGAGGUGGUGGUGGUGGUCGUCGCUUAGACGGGUCAUCGUCAUCGUUCUCAGACCCAGGACCCACUCGUAAGAAAAACAGGGAGCUGCCGUCUGGCCUAACACUGCCGACACGGACCGGCAGGGGCUCUCUGGGAUUUCAGGCAGGGGGUGCUCUGCAGCCCCACCUGGAGAUGCCUCCAGGGAGCUGAACCUGGGCCCUUCUGCAGGAAACAUGUGAACUGUGGCCCCUCCCUUAAAAAAACGAAAUGAGAUUCUAGUCCUCAUGGUUCUGAAUUUAAACUGGAAAAUAGGAAGCUUCCUUAUGCCAAGGGGUCUAGCUUAGUGCUGUCUCCACUGACUAGCAGCAGCUCUCCAGGGUUUCAAUUUGGGGGGCCGGGGGGAGUUUUUUCAGCCCUGCUUGGAGAUGCCAGGGAUUGAACCUGACACCUUCUGUGUGCAAAGCACCGAGCUAUGGCCCUUAAUCCCUCAACCAGCAGAACGACACCCCAUUCCAAUGUUUGUUUGUUUUUAACACACAUGUCUGGCUUUAGCCUUCUCUUUCCCAGGUGCCCAGGUGCCAAAGAGGGCGCCUCUGUACCUCUGGCUGUUGGGUAGAAGGAGGAGUCUUUGUGGCUGUAGGCUCGUCUUGUAGGGAUAAGAGCCUCAUGCGGAAAUCCCUUCUUCUGCAAAAUGUUCGGGAUGAGCGAAGCCUGGUGGCCACAGGCACUGCCUUCCACUUUAGCGUUGGAGUGGGAUAUGACUUGACUUCAGCCACCAGCUGAAGACCAUGGACUUAACCCGUGGAACUGUUUUUCCUUUAUGUACGCUUAGACCCUGAACGGCGAUCACAAGGCCAGCAGAGGCGGCACAGCUUGAGCACCAUCAAAGACAUGAGCAAGCAUCCCAGCAAGACCACAGGUUAGCAGCAGAGCUGUAAGGCUGCUUUUUAGCGUGGGGGCAGGUUUUUCCCUCCCCAAAGCAAUGGAAGCGUCUUCCGUCCAGUCACUGCCACCGUUCCUUCCCUUUGCGUGCCUAGCUGCCUCCUUGUGUGUCCACCCACAGGCUAGCGCUCCGCAGAGGCGCCAAACAUUCGUAGGAUCUUAUCUGCCUUCCUCCUUGGCUCCUUUGAAAGUCAAGUUUCUAACCUUUAAAGAGGGGCUUGACAGCAUGCCGUCAAGGUUUUGGUAAUACUGAAAACCUGAAUUUGGUGGGUUGAACGAAACCAUCCUUCAUUCUUGCAAAAGUCGCUGUGUGCCCCUUCCCCAACACAGUCAGAAUAAUUUGCAAAAUAGGUGGGGUGAAAAUGUGGGUGGGGGGUGCAGAGUAGUUUGACGUGCCUGACUUACACAGAUUGCAGAAUUUGGCUCUGCUUGGUACAGAGUACAUAUUUUUUUUGUGCUGUUGUUUUGGGAGGGGACAGAAUAGGAUUGUGGGGGUUACAUCCAACUUAAGUUUCUUCCUCAGAGUAGACCCAUUUAAACUAGUGAACCUAGUGGAGCCAUGCCCAUCACUUUAAAUGGGUCUAACUUUGAGUUUAUAGCAGUCACUUUCAGUGGUGGCAGACUCGGGACUCUUCCCAGGCCACUUGCCUCCACGGCCUUGCUUCUGCACCCUCCUUGAGUGUUUUUGUCUGGCCGGAAUAUGUACUUGAAUUCAGAUUAUGCCUCUAGCAUGUCUGGAUGGAGGAGAGAAAGUGGGGCAGGCAUGCGGGGAGUGUGAGCGUGUGUGUAAGCCAUCCUACUUGACAAAGGUCCAAUAUGCUUUGCCCUCUUUCACCUCUGGCCCCUUCCACAACCGGUGCCACUUCCACACGGCCCCCAGAAGGCUGCCCAGAAGGGAAUGCAGCCUUCGGGCUGGAAAAGUUGCCCAAUCCUUGGCUUAAUUCCUUGCUGCCUCUUUUCUUCCCAGGGAAGGAAUGGCUCUCGGAAUGUGGGGUCCCAGGCUCGGCACCUGCCGAAAUCCGUAUCUUCACGGACGGCACUUUCCCAGCUGGCUUUGCCUUGAAACUGUACUGCCGGACUCAACCGGGUGAGUAGUGCUUUGGCGGUCAUACUUAAAAAUCUCCCUGCGUGAGGGAAAGGAGAAGGAAGGAGGGAGCAGGUGAAACACGUGUGCAUUGCUGCCACUGCCGCCCGGGCCCAAACCAGAGGCACGUUACCUGUCAAAUGCAACAUGCACACAGCCAGGCUGUCACAUGGCCUCCCUGAGGAGGUGGAGGCAGAGCCGCGGUCGGGCUUGAGGGUCGGUGUCCUGGAGGCUCGGACUUGUACUGACCUCUCCCCACCCUCUGCCUCCCAUCCCAUCGACUUCUUUUUUCCCACCCUGGCAACUGGCAGUGGUGGAAGGAGCAGGGCAGGGUCAGGAAGCUGGGGGAAAAAGCUCCCUCCUUGACUGUUGCAAGUUGGGCACCCAGCAAUGUCCGGAGGGCCACAGGCUGCCCACCCCACCCUUAAAACGGAACACUGGCCACCAUGUUCUAACCCCUUAAAGCAGGUCUGGAAGACUCCAACUCCCAUCAGCCCCUGCAAGCACGGCCAACGGCUAGGGGCUAUUGAGUCCAGCAACAUCUGAGUCCCGCCCCCACCUGCAGGACUAGAGCCAAGGGGUGGAAAUGGCAGGGAGCCAGGCUUCCUUGGAAGCUGUUGGUGGUCUUGCUGUUGGCUUAAGGAGAGGUGGGACGGCCCUCUGCCUGGAAUGUUGCAGAUCACUGCUCCUUCCCACUCCGUAAUUCUGUUAUUCUGGGAUUUUGGGGGCAUGUUGAUGGCACGGGUUCCUACAGGUGGCCACAAUGUAUUAUCGAUGUUGUUGUUACAGAACCACCCCAGGACUCUGAAGCAAAGCCAGGCCCAAGGAAGAGAGCAGUGGGUAAGUCUUGCCGCUUGUUCCCAAUAAGGAACAGGCGCAAGGGGCAAAACUGGGUCGGAUUUAGGCCCACCCACCACCCACUCUUCAGCUGACUGCCAGGGGUGCUAAAUCCUGCUCUGGCUGCAAGUGCCCACAGCCAAGGCAGAAUUGAACCCAUUUUCCUGAGUGACGGCAGCUGACAGACGGGUAGGUAGGGCUGGCCAAACUGGACCCCCUGCCUGGCCAGGAUUGGCCUGCAGGCCAGAAACUCACCACCCCUGUUUUAGCACAAACGAGCGAUGUUUCUUGUCCUUGCUGUGUUAUGGUUUCCCCCCUGCUAAUUGGGAGGCUGAAUGUUAUCUCCAAUCUUGCCGGCUGUGUAUCAAAAGUCACCAAAACAAGAGCAACCUCACAUCAGGCUUAUUCCCUCCAAGCUCAGCCAAGGCUGAAGCCCAGCUGAAAACUGGACUGGAACUCCUUCCGUCUCCCAAGGCAGGAUUUUCACACCAACAUCUCUUCUCUUUAUAUAUCCCCAUUCUCAGCCCUGCCCGCCCCCUGAGCUUUCUGCUAUGCUUGGGGACUUCCCAGGGGCAUCUCUGAGGUGUAGGUACUGCCCGCCAACUUGGAUGGCUAUAAAAGAGGAUUACACAAAUUCAUGAUGCUUAAGGCUAUUCAUGACUACAAGCCACAGCUGCUCUGCUUUACUUCCAGAGUGGAAGCAGUAAAUGAAGGCAGUACAUGUCUCCGGGGACCAGCUGCUGGGGAUUCACAGAAUCACAGAGUUGGAAGGGACCAUGAGGGUCAUCUAGUCCAACCCCCUGCAAUGCAGGAAUCUUUUUGCCCAGUGUGAGGCUGGAACCCACCGCCCUGAGAUUAAGUCUCGUGCUCUGCCGACUGAUCUAUCUGGGUGGCUGGAGAGAGCACUUUUGUCCUCAAGUCCGGCUUAGCAGCCUGGAUAGCUUGAUUGGUUAGAGCAUGGUGCUGAUGAUUCCAGGGUCGCAGGUUCGAUACCCAUAUGGAACAGCUGCAUAUUCCUGCAUUUCAGGGGGUUAGACUAGAUGAUCCCCAGGGUCCCUUCCAACUCUGAUUCUGUGAUCAGCUUCCCAUAAUGGGCAUAUGGUUGGCCACCAUGAGAAUGGGAGGCUGGGCUAGAUGGGCAGUCUUUGGCUUGAUCCAACUGAGCUCUUUCUUUGCUUUCUAAUUGCUCACUUUUAGUUGUGAGAGCAGCUCAGUUGAUAGAGCACGAGACCCUUGAAUAUCAGGGUUGUGGGUUCGAGCCCCACAUUGGGCAGAACAUUUCUGCAUUGCGGAGAGUUGGGUCAGUUGACCCCCAUUGUCCCUUCCAACUCUGGGAUAGGUGGACUGAGCGAACGGCCUGUUGUUUCAAUUUGCCGCCUCUUCCUCCCCAGAUCGCAAAUGCUCUGUGUCUCUACUUCGGCUCCACUCCACGGAUCCUCCUCCCCGCCAGCUCUGCCCACCACGGGACCCUGCCCCUUGCGCCCUGGCCAACUCCCCCGGCAGCAACGCCAAAGAUUGCGACGCCAAGCCCCGCCGGCAGCGGGCGGCAGCAGGCAGCGAGGACGCCCCACUCCUGGCCAAGAGCUUCAACCCCACCUGGCGUGCCCGCUUCCUCGUGGAUUUUGACGCCGCGGCCAACCACCUGGUCUGCAUGGUGUGCGAGUACCCUCUGCGCCGCGUCUGCCUGGCCACCGUCAAGCAGCACAUCCUCCAGUGCCACGCCGAGACCCUCCACCUCCCGCGGGAGGUCCGCCGCACCAUCCGUGAAGUCUGGGAGAGCAGGGGCCAGUCCCCCUCUGCCGCCCCCAGGAAGUGA